AUGCUGUCUUAUCUGCGAAGCCAUGUAAGCUGUACACAUUCGCAGCUCUGCAGCGGUCUCAUCGUCCGGUUCCGGCCGAGAGUGAAUGUUGGAUAUCGAUUGAACCACAGUGGUGCACAAACCUUUGCCAAUGUGGUGAAGGAGCUUCGCGCAAAAGGAAAGUUGCCGAACGGAGCCAGUGUGCCUGAGUUCAGCACCACCCCUGGGCCAGAUGGUGGCCCACCUGGUGGCUUUGUGGACAUUGAUGCUGCGUUGCUUGAGGAAGCAGACGCCGAGAACCUGGAUGUAGCAGACCAGGAUCAGUUUUUCACGGAGCAAAACGAAGAGGAGCCACUAGAGGAUGAUAGACACCACCAGGCCGUGGCAGCGGCUCGUUUAGCUCGCCAGAAGGCCUUUGAAGAAGCUGCUCAGCUGAGCGAGGAGGAGCUCAGACAGCGUGUGAGGAGAUCCAUCGAAGAGCUUGUGCCAGAAAGCACCGCAAAUGCGGAGUCUGAAAACUCCGAGCUGACUCCGGCCCAGGUCUUCUACCUUGAGAAUCGAGAGCGCUUAGUUUCGCGCGCACAGGAUUAUUACCUUGAGAAGCACCGGGAGCUGCAAAUGCAAGACGAGCCUGGUGAUGUUGAGGAUGAGUGGCGUUACUACCACGAUCCGGUCGUGCGCCCCCCGAAGGGCCAUCUUUGGUCGACAGGUCUGGAAGAUGAUGGCGAUCACGGCCACGAGGGUGAUUGGUUGCAAGUUGUAGAGACAUGGCCGAAAGGGCACCUCCCUGCGCCUGAGCUCCUUGCGAACCUGCUAAGGGCAGAACAAGCCCGUGACAUUAGCAUCAUUGAUUUGGAUGAGUGUGACAGGAGAGACGUUGGAAUGUAUGCCAUAUUGGCAACAGGGAUCACAGCCAGACACUGCCGCAGGCUUGGGCAGAUCAUGGCAAGAGCUACACAGUCAUGCCAGCCGCCAUUUGUGGAAGCCUUUUGCUAUGGCACGCGUGAUGAUGAGUGGGUGGUUGCACACUGUGGUCCUAUCAAGGUUCAUCUGUUCACGCGUGAAACUCGCGAGCAGUACAAGCUUGAGUUGCUGUACCGAAACCCAGAAGAGUUUUUCCAGCCGGGAGACUUUCCCCACUAUGUCGAGGUGUAUGGCACAGCAACCGAAGCAAUGCUGCUGAAUGGUGGCACACACAUCACUGAGUCCUUGGGAUCUCGCAGCCGGUCGCAGAUUCCUGCGCCUUAUCGAGAUUUCCUGUACGGAGAUGUCAUGAAGCCUGACUACGAAGCUGCGGAGGACGCGAAGUAUGUAACGCCUCCGCACGGUACGAUUGAUGUAAGUGCGAGAAUGUCGUCGCCUGCAGACAGUUGGCCUGCUUCAGAGGAGUGGGAGCUGAAAGACACUUCUUCCGAAUCCUGGCCAGAUCGGGAUGCUGGAAACUGGCGUCCGCCGGCUGGAGCAGAGGCCGACACGGACAGCGAGGACGAGCGAGACGGAGAGGUGCACAAGUUCGUAUCCAAGUACUUAGUUGAGGAUGCCAUACCUGCUUGGGAAUGUCUGAGCUUGAUGACGAACUCAAGAGUUUGCUUGGAGCCAGAGAAUGGCUUCUUCAGCCAGUCCAUCCGGGGAGAAUGGCUUCUUCUGCCUCCUCCUGAUGUGGCCGGCUUUGUUGCAGCAAUUGCGCUGGAUGCGCUGGAAGACGUACAGAGGCUGGAAACUCAGAUUACAGCGGACGAGAGCCGGCGGUUAACAGCCAGUGAUGUGGGGCCUUUGGAGAUCUACUCGUACAUCGACGAGUCUCUAGGACUGUUGAUCGACACAGCUUUGGCAGCGGUACGCCAUGCGGUGGCUGCCACUGCUGGAAGCGAGCCGAAUGCGGUCCUCGUGUCUGAGGCAUCGUUGCUGGAGCGGCAGCUCAACAACAUGCUGGGGGCCCAAUCCAAGGAGCCACUGUUCUUUUGGCACGGUCCAAAACGAUAUGUGUCAGCGCAGUUGCAGCGAAUCUUCGGAAGGGGGCCGUGGCACGAGAAGCUCAAGGAGCUGGCGGCGUCGGCUUCGCCAAGCGUUUCGGCUUUGGUGGGAAAGGUCGGUCAGGACACUCGCAGAUCACCUCUUCAGGGGCGGCUCCCUGAAGUUGGCCUUGCCGUCGAUGACGGCUACUGCUCCAAAGGCGACGAAAACAGCGGUGUCGCACCCUAUGCCGUUUUGCAUUUGCGGAUCGAUAGGGCUUUUGGCCUCCCGGCCGCCGACUUUACGGGCCUCUCUGAUCCCUACGUCAAAGCACAGCUGAACGACCACGAUCUGCCGGAAGUUCGCACGAAGACCCGGACGCAGACUCUGGCGCCCAAGUGGGAGGAGGAGUUUCACAUUCGAAUCUUUCGCCCAGGCAGUGUCCUGUCUGUCUAUGUGCAUGACGAAGAUUUUGGAGAAGCCUCAAAGAUCGGCUUGGCAGGAGCCUUCAUGGGUCUGAGUGACGACUUGCUGGGAUACGUGGACAUAUCCAUGGAGCGACUUCCCCUGAACACGAAAGUCUGCGGCUGGUUCAACCUAUGGGACCCAAAUGACCACAAGCAUCGUCUACUGAACUACAAAUCCCGGGCCGCCAAUCUGGAGCAGGGCAUCCGCCCACAAACCGUCGGGCGCAUUCGACUCCAACUGACGCUCCACGUUGCCCAGCUUCAGCAUGAGCUGUUCGCCCAUUGCUUGGGGCCUCCGGCCUUCGAAGAGCCCCAGCACCCGCUGAGAUUUGCGAAGCUUUUUGGGGACGUGUCGACCAUCUCUCACCUGAUCCAGGACGUCAGCUCCGUCUGCAGUCCGUUGGCAGAGCAGGCCGAGCGUUGCAGCAGCCUCUUAUGGUGCACCGUGAUCCUUCUUGUCUGGAGACCAGAAUUCAUCCUCCCGCUGCUCAGCUUGUCGUCGUCAGCGAUGCUGUAUGCUGCCGGUAGGCCGGCCGAGGUGCCUGCUCCCACAGGCGAGGAGCAAGAGAACUCGGAUGAGGACUUGGCCACAACUGAAAAGGAGCCGAAGAAAGCCGAGGAAGAGACCAUCGAUCCAGCCCUCCAGAAGGUUUUUGCGGCUGCAGAAACGAGUCUUCCCCCGGAACAGUACAGUGAUUUUUCGACGGUUCAGACAAAUUUGGAUCAAGUCGUCGUGAUGGCGCGGAGCUUUGAAGCCCUCAAGGCCUUGGUGCUCCUUUACAGGCUUCCGGUUUGUGGGGGCCUCUGGCUCCUCACUGCGCUGCUUAUUUAUUUGAGAGAGUGGCAGGGCCUGUUGAUCCGCUUGCUGCUGACUGCGGGCUGUGGCUUUCUGCUGGUUGAGCAGUCAUGCAUCGCCAGAAUAGUCAGAGCUUUCCUGGCCUACAGGACUAGCAAGAAGCCCUUGAGGGAGUUCCAGCCGCACGACGUUCAGGGUGCCAGUCCCAAGACUGCAGCGACUCGAAGGAACACACAGGUACUGACCCCAAAUGCCGUGGCGGCUCUGAGCAACAGUCCUGCCAACAUCCAAUCCGACGGCAAGCCAAUGAUGCAACAUCGCUUGCAGGAAGGCUCCUGGACGGAGCCCAAAUGGUGCCAGCACUGUGGCGGCUUCCUCUGGGGAGUUUGGAGGCAAGGUUGGCAGUGUAGCCACUGCUCCAUUAUCCUGUGCCAUACCUGUGCCACGGACGCUGACUUGGAUUUCUGCUCAGGCGAACCCUGCGGCCUGGAAGCCGAAGUGCAGGCGCUUGCUGCUCUCAGCAAGAAGGAGUUCCCAAAGAGCGACGGCAUCGUCCAUGUGGUCAUGCUCACCAUGAACGAGGCUUCUUUGCAGCGCCUGGGUUCCCUUCUGGCCCCUCUGAAAGCGAAGCUCUUCGUCUCGGCAUCUCUGCCUCCGGAGCUCUUCGAUGCCCUGGAUCCAAGGGAGGCUUCCAAGCCUGGAAGCGUGGCUCAGCUCAUGGACUCCUACAUAUCCAGUCUCAUUAAGGCCACCGGCAUCUCAAUCGACUUGAUUUGGCUGCCCUAUGCUGCCUUCAAGAAGCAGUACUGGACUGGCACGCAGAAGAUGCUGGAGAAGCGGGCAUGGAGCUAUGGCAUUCGGGCCGAGGUUCACCAAGCCUCGGUUGUUCAGAAACUGCUGGUGCGAAAUCCUGCUCCAGUUGCAUGGCUCGCCACAGAUGAUUUGCUGCGGCCAGUGCAUCAGGACGCGGUUGAAGCAGCUCUUCAAGCGGGCAUUCCUUGUGUGUCUUUCCCUCGCAAGGAGGUGACAAGUGGCUUUGCUGCGAAGUACUUCGGAGCUGCAGGUCUGAAGAAGGAGCAAUCUGUCCAAGUAGCACAACUUCAUUGGGCCUGGCAGCGAGGUCUCUCUGCAACUUGGCGCGGCGGCGUGCUGCAGCCCGCAGAGGCACAAUUCGACAUGCACGUGCUCAAAGCAGCCGCGUUUUCGUCGUCACAUUCGCAGGCAGGACACGAGGAAGUCCCUUCUGAUUCAUGGAGUGUUUCGUCUCCACUGGAGGCAGCGUUGCACAACGGCAGGCUAGUCUUGCAAAAGGCAGAGGUGUCUCCUUCCACCGGUGCCUACAAGGAUGCCGAUGCCAGCUUCACUCCGAGCGUGUCCGAAGCCGUGCUCAAAGGCCUUGCGGAUCAGGCGAAGAUCUUCAAGGCGAAUGAUCAUAUCAUCUACGCGGAAGACUUCUUCGAUCCGGAGACCUUCGCGGCCAUCAAGGAAGAGACCGACAGAUUAUGGCGGUCUGAAGACAUCGAGGCGAAUUGCAAUCUGGACGGCACCAACAGACUUGGAGGCUACGUCCUGGACCACUUCCCUCGAAACUCCAGCCUUUACCGCUUGAUCUACGGCAAUGACCCUUUCCGACAAUGGGUUUCGGCCGUGAACGCCGAGGGACCCAUGUGGCCGUCCGAUUUCCCAAUCGAAGUCCGUGAGUAUGGGAGGGAAAGCAGAGGAAUGGGAUGCCAUCCGGACUUGCAGAUGUACAAGGUGCCUCGCAAAGACCUGGAGUUCGCCUUCACAGUAGACAACGACUCGCGCUGCAACGUCAGCUUUUGGGACGCGGCGGGCAAGUUGCAUCUCGUCCAAACCAAGCCGAAUUCCAUCAUGAUGGUGGGCGUAAAUGCAGCGACACAUUGUGUCUCAUCAACAGAUGGUGGAACGCGCACGAUCUUGAAGUUUAUAUAUGUUGGAGAUUACAGAAAAUCCAAUGAGUUUUGGUCGUACACGACGAACGAAUGCGACGAGGACAAUCCAAAUCGCCAAAUGCUCAGUGAUCGGAGGACCCUCAGAUUACGAGAGGCAGGGCUUCGUUGGCCCAUUCCACGACCUUGUUUGUAUUUUUGUUCUUCUGAUGCACGUUUUUUCCCUUACAGGCUCGAUCUCUGGAACUCUGAGCUCAACGCUUCCCACCUUGGGCAGCAAAAUAUCCCUAGAAUUUACAAGUCCAUAUUAACGGAGGUAUUGAAAUUUAUGGAAUAUAAUAAAAUAGGUGACUGA